AUGCACGAAGAAGACAGGUCCAUCCACAAGACUGCGAUCAACAUCGCGACAUCAAGUCCCCCAAAGCUUCGCCUGAAGCUCGUCAACGCCGGGUCCAAGGUUACAAGAAAAUCAAUUUCCUCGAACGAGUGGUGUGUUUUCUGGUUAUCGCCUGCCCCCGGUUUUACCAUCUAUGACUCCCAACACUUUCGACGCUCGUGGGGACAUGGGCCAUUGGUCCCUUACGUUUCGCGCGUCCAGCCCAAUCGAGACAUCAAGGAUCGCCCUCCGUUGGGAGAGUGCGGUCCGUUCGAUGGAUACGUCGCUUCCGACGGGUUCAGCAGCGGUACCAUGUUCACGACGCCGAAUCAAACUUUUGUACCGCAAUUCGGCUUGGCAUUUCAGGAGAUUAAAACAUUCGAUGACGGUCUUUGGGGUGCACACGAGUUAUCCAGGUGGCCACAGCAAUACCAUCCGUCCCAUAUCCACAUUGCAUGCAUCCCGCGGGAAACAAGUGUGUACGCCCCCAAGCACGACAUUCUCUGGGUGGGCUGGCUUCCAUCCUACUGGACCCGCACGGAGUCCGACUUCGGCCACGUCGGGGUGAUGGACAAGUAUGUCAUCAAGCAACUCGUUGACGCCGCCGAUGACGUCCUCCAGUCGUGCGAGGAGUGUGCGAGGGGCCCCGCCGACAUCAGGGAUAGGUUCAACGCUGUACGCCUGUGCCUGCGAAUCACCCUGGACCGCUUACGACUUCUACCUGCCGUCCGCGACGUCGUCUUCUCUCUCGCCGCCCACGUCCAGCGCCUUAUCCUAUUCCUUGCUGGGAUCCAUGUCUACAUGCAGGUAGUGCUGCCAAGAUUAAACACGGGGCAAGACCACCGACUCGACAUCCUUGACGUCCUUGGCGCCUACACGAACAACCCAGGCGUGGCACAGCGCUUGCAUCUCGCCGGUGUGCCGGUAUGGCUACAGCAGGAACGUAGCGCCCCCGUUGCGGUGUACGAGUCCGUGUCCCUCAAGCGCCUUCCGUUUUGGUUCUCCUCCACCCCAUCCUUUCCCCGACUUGUUCUGGCCCGCCGUGACUUCGAGGGAACGUUGAACGCCCCAGGAGAGUGGAUCGAAAUGAUGCUGAACACAACACAUCGGCAAUUGCUCAACGGCUCUCGCCUUGAUGCGAUGCCCUCAGGAGAUGAAGACGGGUGCGCGGCGAAACGGUGGAGGGGCUCCGAGACUUCCACCCCUGGCGUGCGCGAUCCGCACGAUGCGCAAGCACUCGCACACCCCUUGGUGCCGUCGGCCCCACGUAAGGUCGCGAAGAACCCCGCGGCUCGUGCUCUAGCAGGCGCCAAAAAAGCCGCGGCCCACGCUCUCUCCGGCGCUAGGCCCGUGGAGAAGAUCCAGCCCGUCCGCUGCUUCUACGUAUCGCUGUCGGUUGCAUACGGCACGUGCUGGUUGGAAGCGCUCCGCUCGGUUGGCACGCUGUCGCAUCCACCCACGUCUCCCAAGUACUACUGGCCGCCGCCGUGGAUAUUUGACCGACUGGACAACUUCUCACCCAACGACCCCAAGAGGAGCAGGUACCUCAUCCAGUUGAUACGUGUCCGCGAGUUCUGCCAGCGCCGAUUGUUCGACAGGACGCUCAACGGCGCCCCUUUGGGCAUUCAAGCCUGGAGGGAUCUCUUGUGGGGCGAGUAUGGCGAGCGUGGUUCCGUCAACCCGGCCGUCACGGCGAUCGCGGGCUCGUCGUCUGGGUCCUCCUCGUCCCUCCCUACCGGCCGCUCUUCGGGAUCGUCUUCGACGUCGGCAAAGCACAAGCAGCCCGCCGACACAAAGCACAAGGCCAAGCGGGCGAAGGAACGAAUGAACGUCGCAUCUAUCUUCGCCGGUGCUUCGCUAGUGCGUUUCGAAAAGGGCGUCGCCGUCAAGUUCGGUGAUAGGGAGGUCAAGGAGACGGAUAUCCUGCAGGACGACGAACUGCUGAGGACACUAGUCUGGGAGACCCACGAGGUCAACUGGCGGUGCGAGCUCCUCGCCCUAGACUCCGUCGUCGUCGGGUCCCGGAACUGGCCUGAAGUGGAACAAUGGUGUCGGGAGAGCCUCAUCUCCGAGGUCUGGGGUCCCCCUAGUUCGGCGCUUGACAUCUUCCCCUCCAACAAGGCGGACAGGACGGCGCUCACAGCCUUCUUGUGGCUUUCGCCAGCCGACCCUGGAUGGGAGGUCGGGCGCCCACAUCUCCGAGCCCUGCUCGAUGUCCAGCAGACUUGGCCGAGGCAGCCGGUGGAACUCGCCGGCGCAUUGAAGCGCCUGGAAGAUUGUGAUCCGUUUGAGUAUAGUCGCAUCCAGGCUGCAGCGGCGCAGUUCUACGUUGAUACAUUCAUCCGUACGUUCCAACGUCUCCCUGUCCCGCCCGUGCGCCAUGCUGCUCCCUUGGCGACGCUUAGCUCGGACAUAUUUUGA